CCCAUACCUAGUCAACACACCAAAUACGUAUGCGCAAUUCACAGCAUACAUCUACGUUCCUCUCAAACCAAACAGAACGAACAUCACCCAUCAUGGAAGCCGCCGACACGUUCACCCUCCUGCCCCUCCAGGCAAACGAAGCUGGCGACAUCCACUCCACGGGCCCCGCGAAUAACGCCCUAAGCACCGAGCUCGCAGCCCUGAACGCCCUGCACCACGGUCUACUCGCCGUCGAAACACCCACCGGCACACCGCCCCCACCUGUCCCCGUCAAUCCUAAGCGCUCAGGCCAGAUCAGCAAGCUGCGCGAAUCCGGUAACGCCGAGUUCCGCAAAGGCAACCCUGGCGCCGCCGUCAAAAUGUACACACUCGCAAUCGAUAUGGCCCUGCAGCGCCCGCACUGGGAGCCAUCAGGCCUGGUGCGCGAAGAGGUCUCAGGACUGCUGAGCAAUCGCGCGCAGGCGAACAUGGCACAGCAGCAUUGGGCAGAGGGGAGCGUGGACGCAGAGGCCAGCGUGGAAAUGAAGAAAGUUGGGAACGCGAAGGCGUGGUGGAGGAGAGGAAAGUGUCUGCUUGAGAUGGGCAGGUUGGAUGAGGCUGAACACUGGGUCAAGCAGGCGCUAGAGUUUGAAGCGACGGAGCAGGACUUGGUGCAGUUGAGGGAUCAGAUUGAGGGCAGGAAAGCUGGGCAUACCAACGCGGUCUAAGAGCCUCGAAUGAGUUUAGAGGGAUAAGAGUCGAGCUGUGUGUGCAUUAUAAGGCGUCUGGCGCUUGUGGAUACCUGGAGCAUGGAAAUGAUUUUUGGAAGCGAAGAGUCUCAGCGAGCGAAACUUCAGGUCAAUAGACGAUGCCCGCCUUGAUCUUUCACUACGGCAAUCAGCUGAGGCAGAGUAUGACUUAGUAGACUCUGAGAGGACGAAGAUGAACGCAAAUCUGAAGUCGACAAAGGCUGGAGUACUGCGCCGGUCGGGAACAUCGUCGGUCACUGGAUCAGACGCUUUCGAUUGCAUAGUAAGAAAUCGCUUCACCGGUGUUUUAGGGGCCUUUGCCUCAGUGACGUCUGCGUCUCAUGGUCUUACUAAGUACAUAGACGCCCAAGGAAUUCAUCGAAUCUUACCACCACAUCGAACUACACUUGCACUCGAAC